UCGAAAUUUCAAAAAAUUUCACCAUGAAAAAUCAAGUUUUCGUCGUUUUCGCCACCUCGUUGCCGGGAAAACGUAAACAAUUUUUUGUAUUACAAGAAAAUAUUUUGAAAAAUAACAAAAAAAAGUUUGUGUGAGUGUGUAGUGCUAGUGUAAGUGGAACAAUUAUUUAAAAUAAGUUGAAAAAGUAGAAAUGAACAACAUUCCAUCGCAGGGCGUUAUGUUUCCCAUGGGAUCGCUUUAUGUGGGAGAUUUACAUCCUGAUGUGACCGAAGCCAUGCUCUACGAAAAGUUUUCCACAGCUGGACAAGUGUUGUCUCUGAGAAUAUGCCGCGACUCUAGAACGAAGCAGUCUCUGGGCUACGGCUACGUAAAUUUCAACAGCCCCCACGACGCCGAAAGGGCCCUGGACACAAUGAACUUCGACCCUUUGAAGGGAAAACCGAUCAGAAUCAUGUGGUGCCAGCGGGAUCCGUCCUUGAGAAAAUCGGGCAUCGGCAACGUGUUCAUCAAGAACCUGGACAAGAACAUCGAUAACAAGGCCAUGUACGACACUUUCUCCGCUUUCGGAAACAUCCUUAGCUGCAAAGUUGUCAUGGACGAAGACGGUUACUCCAAGGGUUACGGCUUCGUGCAUUUUGAAAGCGAGGAGAUCGCCAACAGGGCCAUAGAUAAGGUGAACGGGAUGCUGCUGAACGACAAGAAGGUGUACGUGGGCAAGUUUGUGCCGAGGAUAGAGCGUGAGAAGGAAAUCGGAGAGAAGGCCAAACAAUUUACGAACAUCUACGUGAAGAACUUCGGACCGCACAUGUCCGACGAGAAGUUCUUCGAGAUUUUUUCCAAGUUUGGAACGGUGACCAGUUGCAUGGUGGCCAGACAUCUGGAAGGUUCGAGCAAAGGGUUUGGGUUCGUGGCUUACGAAGACCCGAGAGCUGCCGAAAGAGCUGUUCAGGAGAUGAGCGGUCGUGAGUACGAAGGAAGAACUCUCUACGUAGGCAGAGCUCAAAAAAAGGCUGAGCGACUGAACGAACUUCGAAAAAAAUACGAACAGCAAAGAAUGGAACGUUUCAACAAGUUCCAGGGAGUCAACGUUUAUGUGAAAAACUUGGACGAUUCUUUCAACGAUGAGAAACUGAGACAGGAAUUUGGUUGUUUUGGAAACAUCAGCUCUGCAAAGGUUAUGACUGAAAACGGCCGAUCAAGAGGAUUCGGCUUUGUCUGUUUUUCUGCUCCGGAAGAAGCAAACAAGGCCAUACAGGAAAUGAACGGGAAGAUCGUAGGCUGCAAGCCGUUGUAUGUGGCCUUGGCUCAAAGAAAAGAGGCUAGACGAGCCUUCUUGACCAGUCAGUACGUAGCUAGAGCCCAGGCAGCAAGAAAUCAAGGAUUGCAGUUUGCCGGUGGGCCGCCCUUUCUUCUUCCUGCAGUCGCCCAAGCCCCCCGUAUUUUUGGCCCCGCUCCAGCUCUAAGGGCGGCUCCCCGUUGGCCGGCCCUUCAAGCGCUGCCUAGGCCGAACGGAGCCGCUUUCGGCCUUCCUUUACUAGGCACGGCUCCAUUUAGGGCUCCAGCAGCGAGACCUGCGCCAGUAAGACCACACGCAAGACCCAUUACAGGUGCCACAGGACCGACCGCUAGACCAAACUCGAAAUAUACAACAAGACAUGGACCGGAGACUCCUCUAGUAGAUGGGCGCUUGCCCCACGCGGCUCCACAGGAACAAAAACAGUUGUUAGGUGAACAAUUAUUUAGAAUUGUGGAGAAACUCCAUCCUGAACUAGCCGGCAAGAUAACAGGAAUGCUGUUGGAAAUUGAUAAUUCGGAACUGUUGCACAUGAUCAAAAAUCAAGAGUCGUUGAGGGCAAAGGUCGAAGAAGCUAUAGCCGUUCUUGAGGCUCACAAAGCCAGCAAAAAGGGGGUCGUCAUACAAGACUGAGUUUACUUCGUGUCAAUAGUUAUAUAUCUGCGUUUUUGCCCAAGAAUGAGUUUUUAGCUGCUUGAACAGUAUGUACUCCUUUUUUUUCGGUUUGAAUUUGAAACAUCCCAACAACGUUUUUACUUGUAGAAGUUUAUGAGACAAUUUUAGUGUGGUUGAAGUUUUAAGCAUUAAUUAUUUUGUACUUUUCAAGUUAAUAAAAUGUUCUAUUUAUUAUUUA